AUUCUCGUCAUUAUCAACCACCAAAAUGUAGAAGCCAUACGGGAAUGGCGCCGUCUCCGUCCACCGCCUUCAGCAUUCGCCUUCUGGCGUUCGCGCUCCCGUUCGCGCUCCUCCUCGGCAACGCUGUUCUCCGGGCUCAAGCCAGCGUCCAUUACUACGACUUCGUGCUGAGGGAGACGAAUAUCACGAGGAACUGUACUUCCUGGAGACUGUUGUUAGUGAACGAUAGCUUCCCCGGACCGACGAUUGAGGUUCAUAAAGGUGAUCUCGUGUUCGUGAAUGUUCAUAAUCAAGGAGAUUACGGAGUCACACUUCACUGGCAUGGCGUAAAGCAACCUCGUAAUCCAUGGUCAGAUGGUCCAGAAUACAUUACUCAAUGUCCAAUCCCACCAGGCACAAAUUUUACGUAUGAGGUGAAUUUUACUACUGAAGAAGGAACUCUUUGGUGGCAUGCCCAUAGUGUCUGGACAAGAGCCACUGUGCAUGGUGCAAUAGUCAUUCUACCAGAAGAAGGAACAACCUACCCUUUUCCUAAGCCAGAUGGCGAAGAAAUCAUUGUGCUUGGUUCUUGGUAUUCGGAAGGAGAUGAUUUGAAUUCUGGCGUAGGCGUGAGCCUGGAGACGGGUGAAGCUAUGCCUGAAUCGAUUGGUUAUAUGAUAAAUGGAGAGUUUGGAGAUUUUGUUGCCUGCUCACAAGAUUCGACAUAUCACAUGUACGUCGAAUAUGGCAAGACCUACCUUCUUCGUAUAAUCAAUGCCGUUGUCGGUGCUGAGCUCUUCUUUGCCAUCGCUGACCACAACUUGACGGUUGUCGGUAUGGAUGCAUCGUACACUGGACCUCUAGUGAGUCCGUACUUGACAACGAGCCCUGGGUCAACCCUCGACGUAAUUUUCACUGCCAAUAAGACCCCAGGAAGGUAUUACAUGGCUGUCCGCCGCUACACGAGCCAGGACACGGACGUAACGGAUUUCAACCACAUGGUCGCCACUGCCAUACUCCACUAUAGCGGGAACUAUAGUCUCGACACAUCACCGAAAUUCCCCAAUCGCUCUCUCCCGGGAUAUUAUGACUAUAGUGGGGCAGAUACCUUCACAUUCAAGCUCCGAGGUUUGGCAAGUAAAGAACAUCCUUCGGAUGUGCCUCUCAACAUAACGAGGAGGAUGUUCAUCACGCUCUCGAUGAACGAGAUUUUGUGCCCGCAUCAUGAUUGUAUCGUUGCUCCGACCACGCUCGGCUCAAGUCUAAAUAACCAAAGUUGGGAUGACCCAUCUACGGAUGUGCUCCAAGCAUAUUACAAGAACAUCAGUGGAGUAUAUACGGCAGAUUUUCCGGAUUUUCCUCCUUUUGCCUAUAACUGGACGGGAGCCGAUAAUCCGGACGCAUGGGGAGUGGCGAACAAGGUGACCAGAGUGAAGAUGUUGGAGUACAAUGAAUCCGUGGAGGUAGUGUUCCAAGACAGCGGCGUCUUGCAAGGCGCACAGCGUCAUCCGAUGCAUAUGCACGGAUACAGUUUCUAUGUCGUGGGACACGGCCUUGGCAACUUCGACAAUGAGACGGAUCCCCUGGAGUACAAUCUGCUCGACCCACCCCUAGUCAAUACGUUCUCCGUUCCUAGGGACGGAUGGAUUGCCAUCAGAUUUGUGGCCAAUAAUCCAGGCGUAUGGUUUUGGCAUUGCCACAUAGAUAAACACAUGAGCUGGGGCAUGGACACGGUCUUCAUAGUAAAAGAUGGAGGCACUGAGGAAACGAGCAUGCGAGGGCCUCCUUCGUACAUGCCUCCUUGUGAAGAUUCCUACAACAUUGCCAGGAUGAAAUCCCGUCGUCUCCCCCGUCAAAUCUCUCGCAUAUGAGACCACAUGCAGCCUCUCGAAGCUGAGCAGGGUUUCAAAGUCAUAUAACGAACAGCCUUGUACGUAGCAUAAGUUCCGUCCCCCUCAGAUUUUUCUUGUGGGAGCCGUCGAUCUAAGAAUUUGUAGCAAUUGUGAACGCUGGAUUAUAUAGACUAAUAUGAUACCUAAAUUUUUUUUUAA